CUAAGCCCAUGAAUACAAGCUUCCGUCUCCUUAAAAUUUUACAACAAACCCUAAUUGCUAUUCCUUCACUUGCCGCCACUUCUCUCCCAGCAGCUCCAACCUCACAGGUAAGCCAUGGUGAAGCACAACAAUGUUAUCCCAAAUGAACACUUCCGUAAGCAUUGGCAAAACUAUGUCAAGACAUGGUUCAAUCAACCAGCAAGGAAGACCAGAAGACGUUUGGCCCGCCAAAAAAAGGCCGUUAAGAUUUUCCCCAGGCCAACUGCUGGACCUCUUAGGCCAAUUGUUCACGGUCAAACUGCCAAGUACAACAUGAAACUUCGUGCCGGGAAAGGAUUUUCUCUUGAAGAGUUGAAGGCUGCAGGUAUCCCCAAGAAGCUUGCUCCAACCAUCGGCAUUUCUGUUGACCAUCGCCGCAAGAACCGUUCUUUGGAGGGUCUGCAAGCUAAUGUGCAGAGGCUGAAAACAUACAAGGCCAAGUUGGUUGUUUUCCCAAGGCGCGCACGCAAGACCAAGGCUGGUGACUCUACACCUGAGGAACUUGCUAAUGCCACACAAGUCCAAGGAUCAUACUUGCCAAUUGUGAGGGAGAAGCCAACUGUUGAACUUGUUAAGGUUACAGAUGAAAUGAAGGCAUUCAAAGCUUAUUACAAGCUUCGCCUUGAACGCACCAAUAAGCGUCAUUUGGGAGCUAGGCUCAAGAGGGCUGCUGAGGCAGAAAAGGAAGACAAGAAGUGAUGACCUUGAGAAGUCCGAGUUUAUAAUCCAUUCAUAUAGUUGUUUCAUGACAAUUUUGUUCCAAAUUAGUUUUCUUAUGAAUAUGCGAAGUCUUAAAUUAUGGAUCUCUUUGCUUUACUAUUAUUCUGUGUACCGUUACUUAAGUUUGUUGGUUUUGCAAGUGCUAUGUUCUGUUUCUGAUUCCAAUGCUUACUUACACCUUAAUUUA